AGUGAAUAGUCCUCGCGCGAGCGGGACACUGUGGUGGAUGCAAUUCCCCUCGCCUCCAGCCGCGAGGAGCUCCCCGGCGCCUCAGGCAGCGUCUUCCUCCGAAGCAGCUGCACCUGCACCUGGGCAGCCUGGACCCUCGUGCCUUGUCCCCGGGACCUCGCGCGGGGGGCGCCCCGGGACACCCCCUGCGGGCCGGGUGGAGGAGGAAGAGGAGGAGGAGGAAGAAGACGUGGACAAGGACCCCCAUCCUACCCAGAACACCUGCCUGCGCUGCCGCCACUUCUCUUUAAGGGAGAGGAGAAGAGAGCCGAGGAGAACCAUGGGGGGCUGCGAAGUCCGGGAAUUUCUUUUGCAAUUUGGUUUCUUCUUGUCUCUGCUGACAGCAUGGCCAGGCGACUGCAGUCACGUCUCCAACAACCAAGUCGUGUUGCUUGAUACAACAACUGUGCUGGGAGAACUAGGAUGGAAAACAUAUCCAUUAAAUGGGUGGGAUGCCAUCACUGAAAUGGAUGAACAUAAUAGGCCCAUUCACACAUACCAGGUAUGUAAUGUAAUGGAACCAAACCAAAACAACUGGCUUCGUACAAACUGGAUCUCCCGUGAUGCAGCGCAGAAAAUUUACGUGGAAAUGAAAUUCACAUUGAGGGAUUGUAACAGCAUCCCAUGGGUCUUGGGGACUUGCAAGGAAACAUUUAAUCUGUUUUAUAUGGAAUCAGAUGAGUCCCACGGAAUUAAAUUCAAGCCAAACCAGUAUACAAAGAUCGACACAAUUGCUGCUGAUGAGAGUUUUACCCAGAUGGAUUUGGGCGAUCGCAUCCUCAAACUCAACACUGAAAUUCGUGAGGUGGGGCCUAUAGAAAGGAAAGGAUUUUAUCUGGCUUUUCAAGACAUUGGGGCAUGCAUUGCCCUGGUUUCAGUCCGUGUUUUCUACAAGAAGUGCCCCUUCACUGUUCGAAACUUGGCCAUGUUUCCUGAUACCAUUCCAAGGGUUGAUUCCUCCUCUUUGGUUGAAGUACGGGGUUCUUGUGUGAAGAGUGCUGAAGAGCGUGACACUCCUAAACUGUAUUGUGGAGCUGAUGGAGAUUGGCUGGUUCCUCUUGGAAGGUGCAUCUGCAGUACAGGAUAUGAAGAAAUUGAGGGUUCUUGCCAUGCUUGCAGACCAGGAUUCUAUAAAGCUUUUGCUGGGAACACAAAAUGUUCUAAAUGCCCUCCACACAGUUUAACAUACGUGGAAGCAACUUCUGUCUGUCAGUGUGAAAAGGGUUAUUUCCGAGCUGAAAAAGACCCACCUUCUAUGGCAUGUACCAGGCCACCUUCAGCUCCUAGGAAUGUGGUUUUUAACAUCAAUGAAACAGCCCUUAUUUUGGAAUGGAGCCCACCAAGUGACACAGGAGGGAGAAAAGAUCUCACAUACAGUGUAAUCUGUAAGAAAUGUGGCUUAGACACCAGCCAGUGUGAGGACUGUGGUGGAGGACUCCGCUUCAUCCCAAGACAUACAGGCCUGAUCAACAAUUCCGUGAUAGUACUUGACUUUGUGUCUCACGUGAAUUACACCUUUGAAAUAGAAGCAAUGAAUGGAGUUUCUGAGUUGAGUUUUUCUCCCAAGCCAUUCACAGCUAUUACAGUGACCACGGAUCAAGAUGGUAAGUCCCACUGCUGUUCUCUCAAAACAGACCCAUAAUUUCUUUUGAUGCAUAAUAUCCCUCGUGGGCCUAUAUUUACUGCAGGUGCAAUGAAGUCAUAUACAUUAUACACUGCAGAGGUAACGCACUGGUUGUUGUUCUUGUUCUUUCCUAAAAUUCAGAAAGAUAUUUUUAUGUUACUUCUCAGUAGUAUGAAUAAUAAGAUGAAAUACUUCCCUCAAUGUUUAUGUACUCAUGUAUUUUUUAUAAUCAUAUAACAAUAUAUCUUAAUGAGUAAGUCCAUAUUACUUACCAAUAGAAGUCAGAAAUCAAUAAAAUGUUAUGAAGUGAAUUGAAUUUCAAUUGCCCCACUUAUGCUGCCAUCCUUUUUUCAUGUCAAAUAAAGCAAAUAGUAAGAAUUUUUUA